AUGGGUUUCGCUUUACAUGCCAACAAUACCGAUGAUCCGCCUGCGGUGAGGAAUUGGAGGAUUCAUAUGAUCGCUAUUAUUGCGUCUAUGGGUUCCGUUGCUAAGUUCCAGGCUUAUAAUUAUGCGGUGGCUCUGGAUUCCUUCAAGAGGGAUUUUGGCCUUAACAAAGCAACUCAGCACCAACGGGAUACGCUUCAGGGAAACAUUGUUUCCACGUUCCAGGCUGGGACAUUCUUCGGUGCCCUCCUCACAUUCCCUCUUGGUGAGAAGUUUGGUCGCAAAAAGGCUAUCAUAUUCGCGAGUUUAAUCUUCUUGCUUGGAGGAAUACUUAUGACUGCCUCGAAUGGUAAAAUCGAAUUGAUCAUUGCAGGUCGGGCCAUUGCUGGCCUCGGUAUCGGCUCCGUCUCCCUUCUCGUCCCGGUCUAUAUCGCCGAGACCUCACCACCCUCUAUACGGGGUCGUUUGGUCGGUAUAUUUGAAAUCCUGUCUCAAGCCGGAGGCAUGUGUGGCUUUUGGAUCAAUUAUGCCGUCAACCAAACCAUCAGUGAUUCUACCAAAACCCAAUGGAUUAUUCCAUUAGCCCUUCAGCUUGUUCCUGGAGCCCUCCUCUUUAUCGGCAUUUUUUGGUGCCCCGAAUCACCCCGUUGGUAUGCGAUGCAAGACGACUGGGAGAAGGCCAAGGAGACAUUGUGUUGGAUCCGAAAUCUCUCCACCGAUGACGAAUAUAUCCGUGAUGAAAUGGCUAGUAUUCGCGCUCAAGCAUUGAUUGGAAUGCCCCCAGGUGGCGGAAAGAUGAGCAAGAAAUAUAUGUUCAAGCGCUUGUUUGAAAAAGGAACGAGGAAUCGCAUUGUCAUCGGAUUGCUGCUCAUGGCCUUCCAGAACCUCACCGGUGUUAAUAUUAUCACGUACUAUUCUCCCCGUAUCUUCGAAACUCUCGGCAUCACAGGAACCGAUACCAAGCUUUUUGCAACAGGAUUUUACGGUGUUGCCAAAACCUUAGGCAUGGUUGUCUUCUCAAUAUAUCUCGUUGAGCGAGUCGGCCGCCGCAACGGUCUUAUCUACGGUGCCUUCAUCGGCUCCCUCCCAAUGUGGUACAUUGGCGGCUAUGUAUUCAAAGCCGACCCAGCGACUGCAGCUGCUUCCGGCCAUGUGUCACAGAGUGCUGCUGGGUACAUAGCGAUGGUGUGUGUGUAUCUUUAUGGGUUUAUUUAUUGCGCGACUUGGCAAGGUAUCACCUGGGUCUACUGCUCUGAAAUCUUCCCUCAUGAUAUUAGAUUGCUUUGUGUGGCUCUCACCACUGCUGACCAAUGGCUAUGGUCUUUCGUUAUCUCCCGUACAACUCCAUAUAUGAUCACCUCCCUCGGCUAUGGCACCUACAUGUUCUUCGGGACACUUAUGGUGCUUAUGGGUUUCUGGGCCUAUUUCUUCAUUCCAGAGACUAAAGGCAAGACCCUAGAUGAGAUGGACGAAUUAUUCGGCGCCCCGAGUAUCACCGAUCUUGAAGGCAAAGUGCUUGAGAAGGAUGAGAGUGGAAUGCAUGUGGAGAAUGUAGGGAUAACAGGGUUGACUUAUAGGGGAGAUAAGAAUCCUAAAAUUGGGGCGUAGACGGUGCUGAGCUUCUUCACGGCGAGAUAGGAGAGGUUAUGAUGGUGUCGAGUGCAGUGUUCACUGGCCCCGCACUCGAGAUGAGUCUUAUAGUUAGGUUGAAUAGUUUUAUUUAGAGGAUAUAGGAGGAUUAGAUGAUUCUCGGGAGAUAGACACGGG